CAAACUUGUUUCCUACUACAACGAGAAGAAAAAGUUGGUGUUGCUGCUUACCACCUGCCACGACAAGGAUGAUGUUGUCGCAGUGGAGACCACCGUCUUUUGUGGGGGGCAAGCAACAAGUUGUCCACAAGCCCCAGCCCAUCAUUGAUUACAACCACAAGAUGGGUGGUGUUGAUACCGCCGAUCAGAUGGUCAGGUAUUACAGCUGCAGACGCAAGACCUACAGAUGGAACAUUCGGGUCUUGUACGACAUGAUCGAUACUGCAGCUUUCAAUGGGUACAAGACCUACUCAGCAUUCAAUAAAGGUGAUCGUAUUGAAUACCUGAAUAAGCUUUCAGGGGCUUUGAUGGCUUAUAAUUGA